UCUGACCAUAAGAACACUGAUAAGGUCGUAGAAGAACAACGCGGCUUCGCUCGGCCGGACGGACGAAGAGAGCUCUGGCUCUCUCCGUCUGUGCGGAAGCCACUGGCUCGUUUCUUGAUGAGCGAAAACAGUCGUCGCUUACAGUCGGGAGAAGGAGAGAGAGACAGAGAGAGAGAGAGGAAAGAAUCGUGGGAAUGAGAAGAAGUUCCGAGUGUCAUGGAGGAUGGUGCAAAACGAGGGCGAGGCUCGAAGUUCGCUAUUGCGCUCGUUUGUGAUCAUCUGCGUUCGCUUUUGGUGAGCGCAGCCGUUCUCCCUCUUUUGCCCUUGGUCCGUAAUCAGAAUAUCCGUUUUCAUUCCCCGCUUCUGGACCAACAGUAUCUGGAAUUCCGGUUCCAUCAGAUUACAACAAUGCUCGACCUGCAUUGUUAUGUUGACCGCUUCAAAUUAUCGCGGUGUCUGCAUAUGCAUGAAAGGCGGGAACGCGCAGACGUGCAUAGCAGAGUCGAGGACACAAGGUUGCAGACCAGACAUCACGGCCUAGUCUUGUCGGAUGAUCGAUCGAAAUGAGGUUCCGUGUUCAUCAUCUCUCAUGGAACUUCAUCGAGGCUACCUCGAACUGCAUCUCAGCUACACCAGACUCUAAAGUGUGAGGGCAAAUGAUGGAGAUCGAGCACCGAAAUCGAGGAGCGGGCCGACCGAACCGAUACAUACACUCCGGCGGUAUAUGGGGAGGUCCACCGUUGGCGGUAGAGUAUCAGGCCGAUGCGUGGACUGGAGAAUUCCGGCGCUACGUACAGAUGGCGAGGGAACCCCGUGGGGCUCGUCACAAAGCGGGCCUUCAGGAGGCGAAGGCGAGGGAGGGAGACGAUAUGCAUGAUUUUCGAUGUCAACGCGUCCAACGAUGCUACUGAUAGUUCACUCCUGUUAGAUACAUCAAGGUCGCACUUACUACCAUCCACACAGGAGAUGAAUGAUGCUUGCCUUCGAAAUUCUAACACAUGGAAUAAAAGAUUUGAUAUUCGUCAUAUACGGAAUCCAGAGAUGCGAAAGAAGCGACCUUUCCGAAGAGAAUUGCAUUCUGCUUUUCCGAACCUGGGAAGAUGUCGUAUGAAGGUGGAAAAGCUUGAGCAACUCAGCUGCUCAGACGAUGAUGCUGACGAUAACCUUUACAGUCCACUAUUAAAUUCAUCCAAGUCUUCUGUUCAAAAUGAUGUUAACAAAAGUGGAUCGGUUCGCUCUGAGACUCCUGAGACUAAGGAGAAGGUGAAUAACAGUGUUCAGUCUAAAAAGGUGGUGGAGGUCCCCAUCAAUCUUGCAAGUCAUCUUCCCCAUUAUGAAAGACAACGGUGUAAGAGAUCAGAUGGGAAAAAUUGGCAGUGUAAGGAGAUGGCAGUGGAGGGCUAUUAUCACUGCAAAAAGCAUGACAAACGAAUAAAAAAGGUUAACGCUGCAACUGGUAAACAAGAAUCUCGUAGAUUAAAUAAUGGCAACAGCCAAAUAGGUGCUAAGCGUUACGAAGGAAGGGUCCAAGGAAAAGGCUUGUCGAAAGACAAAGCAUCUACUAAAUCGACUCGGAAAGACCAAGUAUCUGAGAACUCUGGAGUAAAUACAAGCGAAGCGUUAAACUUCCCCAUAUGGCGGAGUCAACCGAAACCCAGACGACAGCGAGGUCCACCUGUCACUAACGCUGAAUCGUAUGAUAAUGAUAGAGAUAGAGGAGACCAAACAUCUCAGCAUCAUGAUUUUACUGCACCUGCUCCCGGUCUUGUACAUAUUGCUCAGGGUAAUGGUGUCGCACUAACUCGCGGAAGAGUGUCACUGGUGAACUAUGCGGAGUCUGACGACGAAGAUCAAACUCCAGUAGAAUCUGAAUCGAGUGAUGAUUCCCUUCGUAAUCCAAAGCCAAGCCGACGGACCACUUACUUGAGCAUCCGAGAGUCAGAACUCAAUGAUGGAGAAUAUCAGUCAUGUGAAAGGAAUGGAGGCAGUGGACUCGAACAGUUGUGUCAUCCACAAUCUCGAAUUGUUGGAGACAAAUGCACAGGACUGGAUGACCAUGAACUGCAGCGAGAAGAAUUUGGACUUCGACAUUAUCUGAGGAAGAGGCCAAGGAAGAUUGACACCUCCAACGCAGAGUGUAAGGACAACAAUGGGUAUGAUGAAAGGAAGAGAUCAAAGUCAAUUGAUCCUCCAACACCAGAUAAAAGCACAAGGACUUGGUGUCAUCAGUGCAGACUUGAGCCUCCUCAGGAAGAACCGAUCGUCCGCUGUCAAUUUUGCCGCAAGAAGAAAUAUUGUUGGCCAUGCGUGGAGCAUUGGUAUCCAGAACUAUCUAUAGAGGGCGUUGAGAAAAAAUGCCCGUUUUGUCGUGGAUUUUGCAACUGCAAGCAGUGCCUUCGCAGUAAAGGUCCAGAGGACGACUACGAGAUUGAUGACAGGAAAAAACUCGAGCUUUCUUUCUACAUGCUGUUUAAGAUUCUGCCGUACCUAAAGCAGAUUCAAGAACAGCAGGAGCAAGAACUCGCCGUAGAGAGAAAACUGCAAGGAGAUAGGUUUCAAGUGAUUGAGAAACAUCAUGUCUCAGAACGUAUAUACUGCGACAACUGUGAGACGUCCAUUGUGGACUUUUAUCGUACGUGCUGCAGUUGUAAAUACGAUCUAUGCCUGAGCUGCUGCAAUGAAUUGCGUGUUGAAUCCAAGGCUGGAUCGAGUUCUAUGUUUUCAUCAAAAGAUGAAGCGUGUAAAUCAGGACCAUAUCAACCAGCUGAGAGUGAAGCAAACAGAGCUCUUACUGGUUUGGUGCCGAGAAUAGAGUUGAGAGCCAAUAAUAAUGGAAGUAUCAGCUGUCCACGGCUCGAUGGGUCAUGUGGAGGAGCAUUGCUUGUCUUGAAGUCCAUCUUCGGUGAUCAAUGGAUUUCGGAUCUAAUUGACGAGAUCUAUAAUCUUCCUUUCUUUCAUCACAAAACCUUAACCUUGGAAGUUGCUCUAGAGAAGGAAACCUGUUCAUGUAAAGGGAUUCGAGAGUCAGCUGAUAUUGAGACCUACUGCUCGAGUCAACAGGAUGAUGACAGCAGUCUUUUGCUCGCUGCAAAAAGAACGGGGUCUUCAGAUAAUUUCAUCUACUGUCCAACUAUCAUACAUACAGAAACUGAAGAUCUGAACCACUUUCGAAAACACUGGAGCAUGGGUGAACCCGUAAUUAUACGGGAUGUUCUUGCCAAAACGACGGGUUUGAGUUGGGAGCCGUUGGUGAUGUGGAGAGCAUUACGCGAUAAAAAGGUGAAGGACCAAGAUGAAGGGAAGUUUGUGAAGGUCCUCAACUGCAUGAACUGGUCUGAGGGAAAAAUUGGCAUAAGACAGUUCUUCACAGGUUACGAGAAGGGAUUUCUCGAAAAGGAUGGGCGUGCCAGGUUGCUUAAACUCAGCGAUUGGCCACCCACCAAUGAGUUUAAUGAACGGUUGAGGCGCCAUGGGGCAGAAUUCAUAACAGCCCUACCCUUUCAAGACUACAGUCACCCUACAAAGGGAUAUCUUAACCUGGCAACCAAGCUUCCCAAAAAAGUAGUAAAGCCUGAUCUUGGGCCAAAGACUUACAUAGCUUAUGGCAACCGCACAGAGCUCGCCAAGGGUAACUCUGUGACGAAACUGCACUGCGAUAUGUCUGAUGCGGUCAAUAUCAUAUGUCAUACGGCAGAUGUAAAUGGUGAAAGGGGCCGCCAGAAAGAGACGAGAUUUCAAGGAAAUGUUUCAGGAGAAUCCGAUGAUGAAGGACGUCCUCCAUGCGGUGGAGCAGUAUGGGACAUAUUCAGAAGGGAAGAUGUUCCUAAACUGGAAGAGUAUAUACGCAAGCAUCGGAAAGAGUUCAACAAUCAUGACAAUAUGCCAAUGGAAUGUGAUCAUCCAAUCCAUGACAAGACGGUUUACCUGGACUCUACUCACAAGAAGAAACUCAAGGAAGAAUACAAUAUAGAACCUUGGACUUUUGAACAAUUCUAUGGGGAGGCAGUGCUGAUUCCGGCCGGUUGUCCCCACCAAGUAAGAAAUUUGAAGUCUUGCCUUAAAGUGGCUCUAGAUUUUGUCUCGCCUGAAAAUAUACACCAAUGUAUUCGGCUGACGGAGGAAUUUCGCCUGCUUCCGAAAGAUCAUCCUGCAAAGGAAGACAAGCUUGAGGUGAAGAAGAUGUUGUUGCAUGCAGCUAAGCAAGCCUGUGAAGAAAUCAAACGCUUGACUCCUCGAUUGCACCCAGACUACAGGAAUUCCAAGAUUCCAGAACUUCCUGAUUUGAACGAGUAGAUGCAUAAAGUAGCGAAAGCACUUAAUUUCUAUCGUCGUAUAAGAGGAGUCAACUGAAAGAGAAGAGGCGCAGGAUGUAUCCACGUUAUGACCGAAGGUGACACACAUACACUAAUUGGAGAGAAUCCACUCGUCGACAAUGAGUUCUCGGAAUAGGGGACUAUCACUAUAUCUUCACUCUAGACUUUGCUGUACGCUUCAGAUACAUACUGUGAAGUCAUUUUGAGAGUUUUGUGUUCCGUUCGACUAGUAUACCUUCAUUAAUUCUAAUAGUGACUGCCUAUGACUUGGGCCAGAAUGUACAUAAUGCUCGAUAUUCCUUUGGUUUAAAACCAGAACUCUUCUCAGCGCGGACCUAUAUUGGUCAUUCUUAUACGACUGCCGCGUGGAAUCUGUUCCAGAUUUUUCUCCCCUGAUAUAUCUAUGCAAGGGCAAGGGUACAGCAGUUCAUUAUUUUCUCUCGAAAUAUUUGCCUGUUUCUGGCCA